AUGUUCAACAGCAGACACCCCAGCCUUAGCAAAAGAGGAGGAAUUUGGGGAUUGUGCAUCCUCUUGCUUUACACCAGCCCUCUUUCCUGUUUUGCAAAUUUCAGCCAUGCAAAGGAGCUCAUCUAUAAGAUAAAGGAGGGAUUACCCAGGGGGACCUUCAUAGGGGCCAUUGGAGUAGACUUAAAUUUGGAUUUCUCUGUUGACCCCCCCUUUUUAUUCAAUCUUCCGCAAAAGAAGGUCAGUGAGCAAUAUGUGACCCUAAAUAAUACCACUGGGGAGCUUUACGCAUCUGCUACAGAGAUUGACAGGGAGACCCUCUGUCCUGAUAACUCAGAGGGACAGCGAUGUGUCCUCUCACUGGAUGUGUUUGUUUUGCCUCAGCGGUACUUUCAGCUCAUCAAAGUUAAGAUUUUUAUUGAGGACGUAAAUGACAACAGGCCAAAGUUCCCCGUGGAUGAGAUCUGCAUGUUUGUCCCAGAAAACACACCCAUUAAUGCUCGUUAUGCAGUGGAGCAGUCUGCUGUUGACCCAGACCUGGGUCUUCACGGUGUGCAGACCUACUGGCUUGUUAAUGACUUUGGCAUGUUCACACUGGAUGUUGAAGAGAAUGAGGGGGGUGAGCUGACACCCUUUCUCAUUGUGACAGAGACUUUGGACAGAGAGACUCAGGCUGAAUAUAUUACAGAUAUAAUUGCAGAGGAUGGAGGAACCCCUCCUCUACUCGGCGCAGCUACUUUAAAAAUUGUCAUCACAGAUGUGAAUGAUAACUGCCCCCAAUUCAGAGAGUCACAAAUUAAUGUCACUCUUCAUGGGAAUAACACCAAAGGGGUACAUUUGGCACGUCUGCAUGCUUUUGACCCUGACCUUGGAGCUAAUGCUCAGAUCAGCUAUGCUUACAGUGAACGUGUGCCAAGGGACACCAGAAGCUUGUUCCAUUUGGACAGAAUCACAGGAGUCAUCAAGCUAGCAGGGAAAAUAGACACUGGCACAGCCACAUUUUACAAACUUACUAUUCUGGCCAAUGGACCUGGUUGUAUCCCUGCUGUUGCCACUGUUACUGUCCAUAUCAUCAAAGUUGUUACCGGACCCCCUGCUGUCAUACCCCGGUACAUUGCACCAGAAAAGGAUGGGGUGGUGACAAUAAAGGAGUCUGAGCCAGCGUUUUCUCCAAUAGCUUUUUUUACUAUCAAAAACAUUGAUAUGAAUCAAAAGGUGGACUGCCAUUUGGAAGGGACUGGUCCAUUCAGGCUUAGCCCCUAUCAGCUGUUCAAGAAUGAAUACCUACUGGAGACUACAGAGCCCUUGGACUAUGAGAAGACACAGGAGUAUGAGCUAAUUGUGGUUGCUAAAAAUACUCGAGAGCUUGUCAUCAAGACCUUCCUCAAGGUGCAGGUAUUGGAUGAGAAUGAUAACGCACCAGUGUUUGAGCAGUCUUUGGUGAAAAUAUCUGUGGAGGAGAACAAUCCACCUAAUACCUUUCUGACCCAGCUCCAAGCCACAGACCAGGAUAGUGAAAGCCGUGGGGAAGUCAUAUACCUCCUUGGCGGUGACGCCCCUGGGAUCUUUGUUGUGGAUCGUAUGACAGGUGUCUUGACUGUGGCCACAUCGCUAGACCGUGAGGAGAAAGAGACAUAUCGGUUCAUUGUGAGAGCAGUGGACCAGGGAACACCCAGGAGGGAGUCGAUUGCAACUGUGAUGGUGACCGUGCAAGACCGCAAUGACAACAGUCCACGCUUCAUUAAUAAGGACUUCACGUUCUUCGUGCCAGAAAACUUCCCAGGUUACGGUGAGAUCGGGGUCCUCUCUGUGACAGAUGCUGAUGUUGGGGAAAAUGGUUGGGUGGCCCUUUCCAUCCUCAAUGGCAGCGACAUCUUCAUGAUUGACACAGGCAGAGGGGCACUGAGGGCUAAGACAUCAUUGGACCGUGAGCAACAAGGGACAUACCAGCUCUGGAUUGAGGCUGUUGAUGGUGGGGAACCUGCGCUUUCCUGUGUUACUAUGGUGACCGUCCUGUUGUUGGAUGUAAAUGACAACCCACCUAUUGUCCUCUUCCCUCAGUCCAAUCAGUCCUACAUGCUAGUACUGCCCAAUACACUACCUGGAACAUCAAUCACAGAGGUUUAUGCUGUGGAUAAGGAUACAGGCAUGAAUGCUGUGAUCGCCUAUAGUAUCAUUAAGAGGAAAGGUGGCGAGCCAGGGUCAUUUGCCAUUGACCCAGAAACAGGAAAUAUCACGUUAAAGAGGGAGCUCAGCAACCGAGGCCUCUACAGCCUUCUGGUGAAGGUCAGUGAUCACGGUCAGCCUGAACCGCUUUACUCAACAGUUAUGGUUAACUUCUUUGUCAAUGAAACAGUAAGCAACGAGAGUUACAUCCAGAGUCUGCUGACCAGAGAGGCUGACGUUGAGGUAGAGGAAAGACCCUGGUACAUUGGCCAGAUGAGAGAGGGGCCUGAGAGGUACGAGUUGUUCCCCUGUCAGCCUGUCAUCAUUGCUCUUUCAGUGACAAGUCUGGGACUGUUUUUCUUGGUUGUUACACUGACAUCUUACAUAUGCUGUAAGAGAUUUAAAAAGCAGCGAAAGCAAAGGUCAGAAGUUGAGAUACCUUUAAAAAUGAAGAAUGACUCAAUGCAGGCUGUGAACAGAAAGCUCAGGCAGAUCUCAAACAUCUGA